CGGCGGAAGCGGCGGCAGCGGCGGCGGGGUGGGUCGGCAUGGAGCCCGGGGAGGACCCGGGGGCGCUGGACCUGCACGGCGACGAGGAGAUCAUCGAGGUGGUGGAGCUGGGCCCGCCCGGGCCGGAUGACCUGGCCGAGGAGAUGGAGGACGUGGACUUUGAGGACGAGGGGGCAGAAGAGCCCGAUGGGGAGGCUUGGGAGUCGGAGGAUGACGAGGGGGUGGAGGACGGCAUGGAGGCACAGGACGACAGCGAGGUCACGUUCUCCCUCCACUCCGAUUCUGUCUUCUGUGUGAGCCUUGACCCCAAGACCAACACGCUGGCAGUGACAGGUGGAGAGGAUGACAAGGCCUUCGUGUGGCGCGUGAGUGACGGGGAGCUCCUCUUUGAGUGCUCAGGACACAAGGACUCGGUCACCUGUGCCGGCUUCAGUCACGACUCUGUGUUCGUGGCCACAGGUGACAUGUCUGGGCUUAUCAAAGUGUGGCGGGUGGAUGCCAAGGAGGAGGUGUGGUCCUUUGAGGUGGGGGAUUUGGAGUGGAUGGAGUGGCACCCUCAAGCCCACGUGCUUCUGGCUGGUACAGCUGAUGGCAACACCUGGAUGUGGAAGAUUCCCAGUGGGGACUGCAAGACCUUUCAGGGUCCAGCAUGCCCAGCCACAUGUGGCAGGAUCCUGCCUGAUGGGAAGCGAGCAGUGGUGGGGUAUGAGGAUGGGACCAUGCGCAUCUGGGACCUAAAGCAGGGAACCUCGCUGCAUGUCCUGAAAGGCCAGGAUGGCCAUCAGGACCCCUUGACGUGUGUGGCCAGCAACCAGGAUGGCAGUUUGAUCAUGACGGGCUCUGUUGACUGUAACGCCAAGCUGAUCAACUCUGCCACGGGCAAGGUGGUGUGCGUGUUCAAGAUGGAGAGCGUGACCCCCAAGGCACCCAUCAGUGAGGGCGAGGAGGCAGAGUCCAACUCAGUGGAGUCGCUGGGCUUCUGUAAUGUGAUGCCAUUGGCUGCUGUGGGCUAUCUUGAUGGCACUCUGGCUAUUUACGACCUCUCCACACAGAGCCUGAGGCAUAAGUGCCAACAUGAGUCAGGGAUCGUGCAGCUGCUGUGGGAGGAGAGCUCGGCCGUGGUGUACACCUGCAGCCUGGACGGGGCCGUGCGGCUCUGGGACGCCCGCUCGGGGAAGAUGAUCAGCGAGUACCGAGGGCACUCUGCUGAAAUCCUCGACUUCGCCGUCAACAAGGAUGCCUCCAUUGUGGUGACCACCUCUGGCGACCACCAAGCCAAAGUGUUCUGCGUCCAGCGGCCCGAUCGCUAGAACUGUGUCAAGGGAUGGCGUCCCGGCGCUGCCCUGCGCCCUGUGUACAGAGGGACGAGGGACAUGGUUUCACCACCCUUCUCCAGUGCGUGCUUUGUAAUUUUUCCAGCCUGCCCUGCUUUGCCCUCACCAUCCAGGGGCCAAGCCAGGGGUUUUGUAUGAAGAUGUCUUUAAUUAUAUAAAUUAUUUCACUUAACUGGAUGCCAUCUACUCUGCUUGUUGGGGGGGGGAAGAGGAUCUGGGGAGCUAUGCUCCCUUCUCAAGGAUCUCCCUGGCAUCCAACUAUGGCCUGAGGAUCAGUGGCAGAGACUCCCAUCCUGGCUGUCCCUGCUAGGGGGAAUGAAGUGGUCAGGAUAGGAGGGUGCAGGUUGCUGGCUGAAGGAAGGAGAAUCUUGCUCUAUACAGUCUAGGAGUUCCCUAACAGAACACGCUAUUCCCAGAUCUGGGUACUGUACCCCAAAGUUCACUAGAA